AUGGCGGCUCGAAAGGUUAACCUGCGCGUCAUAACGCUCUAUUCCCUCGCGAUGCUGACAGCUUCAUUUGUUGUACCGAUGGACCAUCCGUUUAUCAACGGCAAAGCAUCGUCUGUGAGCGCCCGCUCCGUUUUUAUUAUUGCAGUCGUCGAGGCGGGUAUGCCAAAAGCUGCUCACCUUUUCAACGCUGUCUUUUGUUUCUCGGCCUUUACCUGCGCCAUCAACUCAAUGUAUAUCGCCACCAGGGUUUUGCACACACUCGCGCUACGCGGACAAACCGGGCCGGAAUUCAUCACAAGGCGUCUGCGGGCAUGUAGGUCUGGAGUACCUGUCAGGGCUGUCCUGGUUACUGGCGCCUUGAUGAUGGUAGCUUACAUGGGACGUUCCGGCGCCCUUGGCGCACGUCUUGAUGAGCUGGCGAAUAACUCCACGGUGUCAUGCCUCGUUGUUUAUGCCACCAUAUGUGCGACCUACCUAUACUUCUUCCGGACACUCGAGGACGCCAAGCUGUACGGAAACACGUCCGAGUCGCAAGCCGCCAGUUAUGACCGCGACCACCCUCUUUAUCCAUAUAAGUCCCAUGGGCAGUGGCUGAAAGGCUGCUAUGGCAUGGCGGCCUGCAUCAUCCUGAUCUUAUUCAAUGGCGUAAGCGCCUUCCUCGACCCGUUCAACGUUCGGAAAUUUGUAUCGGCAUACAUCAGUUUACCGACAUUUCUAGUUCUAAUUUUGGGAUACAAUCUCCGGAAACACGGCCUGAGGUUGUCAGACUGGUGGACUGACAAGUCCGGAGACCUAAGUAACACUGUGCAGGCAACCAGUCCAAAGCGCAAGGGCAGGCUCGAAUUCCCAGAUGCUGGCUUUACACGAGAGAACGUGUUUAUUUUCUUGGGGUGGAUCUGGGCAAAUUUCGCCUCCUACGCUAGCUAA